AUGCUAGCGAAAUGGCGUGUUCGUUUGCGACGGGAUGACGUCAUUUGCGGUGACCUCGGUGACGAGGCGAAGAGAUUCGGGCUGGAAAGUUGCCAAAAUGGCUCCGCCUCUCGUAAGAUAUGCUAUCGCUCUUUGUUUGCUGAUCAGUUCUGGCCGAAUGCAAAUAUAAGAGCUCCUAAAUUCAAGAGCAUUUGUUGUAGUUUGAUUAGACUGUACGCUCUUUAAUGAGCUACUUUCAAAACUUCCCUCACUCAUGAAACGAAAACUUGAUGGAAAGCCAUCGUGUGACUUCGCCCUCCAUUUAUGGAAGUGGAGCAGAUAUUUUCGUCGAUGGGCCCACGUUCGAAGCAUCAACAAACGUUUCUUCUUUUUUCGGGUUCGAAGUUUUCAGAGUUCAUAAAAAGUUUCUAUUUUCACUGAAAUUUCAAAUAUUAUGAAACGUUGCACCUUUCGAUUUCCGCAAGAUGGGAGUAAGCUUAUAAAUGACCAAUCUCGCCAAUACAUUCACAGUGAAUGAUUCACUUUCAGGAAUUAUUUUCCAACUAAAAGCAUUAGGUCAUUUUAAAGAAGCUUUUUUCAUUUCCAGGCGCUUUGGAUCCUGAAAAAAUCGGAUAAUCGUUGCUCACAUUACUCUAUUGUGAAAAAAUAAUCCACUGGUUUGUCCUGAACACAAAAUGACGUCUUUUGUGCUCUAUGGAAAACUGUUUGGUUACAACCUUGGAGGUCCAUCGGUCGACGAUUCCUGGUUCUUUUUUUUUUCUUUUUGUUCCGAUGGAGUCCGAUUUCCGAAAAAGGUGAUGGCAAACCACCAACGAUCUGUGUCCAUUACUCGUCGAUCAUGUUUGCCCACCUUAUCUGCACCUUUUCCCACGACAAUUACUGUCCUACUUUCCAAUUCCCAUUUUCAAGUGUAGCAACAGUUUGCUGGAAGUUUUCAUGGAUCAAACGGGUACAUUGAAACUUUGAAAGAUCAGUACAAGGGAAAAAAAAAAACAAAAAAGAAUGAUUUAAAUUUUGAAACACAUUCAUGUCGCUUAAAAAUCCCCACACAUGAACGAUGACAUGAAACCGAAGAACUGUUUGACCAUUUAUAGAGACCAUAGAAAAAGAUUGAAGAUUGGAAAAAAGUAAGGAAGUCACCAAGGAUCGGGGACCACCAACGAACCACUCCGAAAAAGGCAAAGGUUCAAGAAUCCAGAUUCUAGGCCACGGGCGCUCUGCCAAGGUGUUUACUAGUCAAAGGCCUCACAAACCGAGAAAAAGGUUUUUAUUCGGUCUCCGAACGGCGAGAGUCGUGUGACUGUGUUGACUGCCGAGAUUUGUGCUCAGAAGUAGCUUCAGAAAGAUUUCCGAGCACAGUGCCGUCUCUGUUGACUUGGCAUUGAAACCAUAAAAAUACUUUAUCAUUAAAAAAAUAUCUCUGGCAAACAUUUAAAACUUUCCUUUCAAGGCGUCUAUUGGAAAAUAUAAACCCCGAAGAAAGGUUUUUUUCUAAUCGAACACUUCGCGCUGGAGGAUUAGAUCAAAUCGCAAUGUUUAAUUAUUAUCAACUUUGAUGAGAGAAGAUUUAUUCAAAAGUUGAAUUUUACAAUAUUGAACGUUUGGCCUGUGGACAUUUGGACUUUUCUCACCAAUUCUUCGGCUUGAAUCAUCAAAGGUCUCUGGCAUUCAAUUUUACAGAACCUCGGGAACAUUCGUUGGACUUGAAAAGGAAAAUUCCAAGAAAAUUUAAAGAAUUUUCUCACAGCCAAUAAAAGGAUACAAAACGGCCGUCCUCAACGACCAGACUUACUUUUCGCACGUCCUUUCCUUUCUUAUUUCCUUUUCGAUUGCUUUUUUUGAGCAACCAAUUUCAUCUGUGUACCUACAUCCUUACAAUACAAAAUUUAAAACGAAAGAGUACAUUCAAUUGAACAGACAAUUUUGGAAAAAAGCAGUCUCGAGAUUUUUCAAAAAGUUUUCAACAAAAAAGGUAGCGAGGGUUCGCCGUUAGUUGAGGGAUGUUCCAGAUUUUGCUGCUUUGAACGAAAAAUAGAGAUUUUGAAACACAUGAACCAUUUGAACAGUGUUUCGCGCUAUCUCAAACUGGUUAUCCAAGUUCUUUCUAAUAUUUUUGGUUGAUUGAUGAGAUUAACCCAAACAACUGCAAUGCCCGCCCAAUUUCGCUCAAUCUUCGUUUUUUUUUUGCUAAGCUUUCAAAUUUAACUUUUCUUAACUAAAUUUUUAUCGCGUGCAUAUAAAUAAUUCAAUCACGUAUGAAACGCACUGAAGUAUAGAAUGUGGAAAAAAAUUUGUUGAAACUGAAAAAAUGACAGUUCUACAUUAGGCUUUUGGAAAGUUUCAAUAUAUUCCUAGGAAGCCUUUUUUCUCAACUUAGUUUCGUGUUUCAGAGUUACUAGGAGAACGAAGAAGCCACCGAACGUUUUCCCAGAGCCACGUGCCGAGACUCCGCCUCUUGGUGUUGGCUCCGCCCCUCGCGCAACGACUACCAGGCUUGCCAGCAGAAGGACGGCGGCGCUCUUCCGCGGACGGUCGUCCGUUCCUUGA